CAAGAAGAAGACGGUGCGCAUCGACUCGGACGUCGAGGACGCCGCAGACGCCGAGGAGCUCAACCCCAAGUCGCGCAAGCGCGUUGACAAGCUCGGCAACGAGAUUGACGACGAGCCCGUCGACAACCAGAUCUCGGCGGAGGUGACGGCCGUUGACGCGAGUGGGAUGGAGGACUUCACGGACCUGAAGAAGAAGAAGAAGAAGAGCAGCAAGAAGGCGUUCGACCUCGAGGCGUUCGAGAAGGAGCUGGCGGAGACCGAGUCGGCUGAGGCGGAGCCCAAGGGGAUCUUGAAGAAGAAGGUUCCUGCGGGCUCGGACGACGAGGGCGAGGACGUGGACGAGCCGGUCGAGGGCGAGGACCCGUUCGCCAAGGAGGACGCCGAGGAGGAGGAGGGCCAGCUGUCCAAGGCUGAGGCGGCCGCGCAGUCCAAGGCGUGGCUGAAGGAGGACCGCGACUACACCUACACCGAGCUCCUCGGCCGGUUCUUCGGGCACCUGUACCAGUCGCACCCGGCCCUGUCGGGCGGCACCAACAAGAAGAAGUACACGAUCCCGCCGCCGCAGCUCUUCCGCGAGGGCAACAAGCGCUCCAUCUUUGCCAACAUCGCCGACAUCUGCAAGCGCAUGCACCGCCAGCCCGAGCAUGUCAUCCAGUUCCUCUUUGCCGAGCUCGGCACCAACGGCUCGGUCGACGGUUCGGCUCGCCUCGUCAUCAAGGGCCGGUUCCAGCAGAAGCAGAUCGAGAACGUCCUGCGCCGGUACAUCGUCGAGUACGUCACGUGCAAGACGUGCAAGUCGCCCGACACGACCAUGACCAAGGACAACCGCCUCUUCUUCAUGACCUGCACGUCGUGCGGCUCGGUCCGGUCCGUCCAGGCCAUCAAGACGGGAUUCACUGCGACGACUCGCGCCGCUCGUCGUGCCGCCCGUGCCUGAGCGCACCCGACGCCGCCCUCCCGCUCGUCGACCCUCCUCGAGCGCCGCCCCUCGCCUUCCUCCACGCCUCUCAACCGUUGUACCCUCUCCUCCCACCUUUUAUCCUCGCACCAGCACCCGGUCGAGUCGAGCCCUCGACCUCGUCGUCCUCGUCGGGGAGCGAGAGGCGCUCAGUCUUGCCUUCUUCCCCCCGCCCUGUACCUCCCCCUCUUUCCCCAAAAGCACACUCUUGCAACACGCGUUGUCAUUCCCUUU